CUUUUAUUUCCGGUGUUAAAGCAGCCGCCAUAUCUGAAUGCGCUUUAAACGCAUAGACAUGUUUAUGUUCAGCCAGUUGAGAAAUACAGCAGGGAGAACUAUAUAGUGCUUUAAUAUCACCCAAUAUACGUCCGACAGACAGGGUAUAGAGAUGUCGUUGGUGGAUUUGGGAAAGCGUCUUUUAGAAGCAGCUCGGAACGGUCAUGAUGAUGAGGUCAGGACGCUGAUGGCCAAUGGAGCUCCGUUCACUACAGACUGGCUUGGAACAUCUCCAUUACAUUUAGCAGCCCAGCAUGGUCAUUACUCUACUGCUGAAGUGCUGCUGAGGGCGGGUGUCAGCAGAGAUGCCCGAACCAAAGUGGACAGGACCCCUCUGCACAUGGCGGCCACUGAGGGCCAUGAGGUCAUUGUGGAUUUAUUAAUCAGGAGUGGUGCUGAUAUCAAUGCCAAAGACAUGUUGAAGAUGACGGCUCUUCACUGGGCAGCCCAGCACGGCCAUCACAACAUCGCAGAGCUGUUGAUCAAACAUGGUGCUGAUGUACAUGCCCUCAGCAAGUUUGACAAAUCAGCUUUUGAUAUCGCUGUCGACAUACAGCACAUUGAACUUGUGCAACUAUUACAGGAGGGAAUGCAGAAUCAGGUGAACAGGAAUGCCGAAGCAUCAAUCUUAAACGGCAGCUCCACCCCACAGUUCAUCAUUCAGGGCGUCCCAAACAUCCAAGGGGGAGUCGUCAACCUCACUGACUUGAUCAAAACCAACUCGGGUGACACAGAGGAGGCCAUCGCUGUCAGUGCCUUGGACUCGAGUAUCCAGCAAGUGGUGAAUGAAUCGGGUCAGAGGGUCAUAACCAUAUUAACAGAUCAACAUGGAAAUCUGCAGACAAAUGGACUCGGCCAGCCGUUCUUUGUCACAAUGCAGGAUGGACGACAAGUAGUAUUGGCAGUUCCAGCCAAUCAAAUCACAGAGGAAGUGGUAGAUGACUCCGAACCUCCUGCCCGUAAAAGGAAAAUCGAAGUUUCAUCCAAUAAUGCAGAGACCAGUGAAACAGAGCAUCUCCAGUGGCAGUUACAGGAAGCCAACAGGAAAGCUCAAUCCUAUCGUCAGCAGUUGCUCUGCAAAGAGCAGGAAGCAGAGGAGUACCGCAUGAAACUGGAAGCCAUGGAAAACGGACAGCCCAACGGUACAACAGCCCUGGACCAGGAGCAAGUCGUGUUUGUGCAGGAAGAGGUUGGUUUCGAAGAAACAACGGAGGCAGAAGAGGAAGUAGUCAUGUUUUCAGAUGGUGGCGUAGUCAUCAAAACAGAAGAGAUCGACUCUGCGGACGAGCAGAUAACUUUAGUGGAAGCCACGGCGGGUCACACGGAAGUCAUUUCAUAAAAGAUGGCCCAAGAGCGUGGACUCAGUGCUUAAGCAACCAAAGAGUGCAUCAGCACUGUUUUGCUUUGGUUCAUUUAGAUUUUUUGGCAGUUAAGUCCUUUUUGUAAUUUAUUUCCUUGUUCUGUUCAGGUUAAUGUUUCUUGCUUCAAAUGAAAGUUCACAAAGAAACAACCACAAUGUGCAUCAUAUGCACACACACACACACACACACACACGCACGCACGCGCGCGCGACCAGAGAAAAUUAUUCUUUCUGGGAGUCUGUAUCUGUAGUGUCUUUAAAAGUGGUCACCCCUGAUUUGUCCUAGAUGGGGUUCUUCAAAACAGCUGGAAAAGGUUCACUCAGGAUGGAACUCUUUGCAAACUGUAUGUUUUUUGAGAUCCCCUAGAAAUGUAGCUGCCUUAUUCAGACAAUUAGUUUCAUUGCUUUUGAAAUUAAACAAUGAAACUUCAUCUCA